AUGGGAGAUGUCUUCAUUCCGAAAUGGCUCCAACGCGUCCCCCCGCCCCCCGAGGUUCACAGCGCCGUGAACCUGCUGAUCGACAACCUCGUCAACAUUAAAGAUGAAACCGGAAAAUUCCUCCUCCCCCUCCCCGAUGGACGCAUCAUCGAUACCAAGUCCUGGCAUGGCUGGGAAUGGACACACGGAAUCGGCCUGUACGGCGUAUGGAAGUACUACGAGUUGACAGGCGAAGCCCGACUCCUGCAGAUAAUCGAGGACUGGUUCGCCGCACGAUUUGCCGAAGGUGGAACAACAAAGAACAUCAACACAAUGGCGGUUUUCCUGACUCUGGCAUACGUGUACGAGAAGACCGGCAACGCCACAUAUCUGCCGUGGCUGGACUCGUGGGCCGAGUGGGCAAUGCACGAGCUUCCCCGCACCCGCUACGGCGGUAUGCAACACGUCACCUAUAUUACCGAGAACUACCAGCAGCUUUGGGAUGAUACUCUCAUGAUGACCGUGAUGCCACUGGCUAAGAUUGGCAAGCUGCUCAACCGACCAGAAUACAUCGCUGAGGCGAAGAAGCAGUUCCUCACUCAUAUCAAGUAUCUCUUCGACACAAAGACGGGUUUAUUCUUCCACGGAUGGACAUUUGAGGAUGGGGGUCACAACUUCGCGGAUGCUCGCUGGGCACGAGGAAACAGUUGGGUCACCAUUGUCAUUCCUGAGAUCAUUGAGCUGCUGGAGCUGGAGCCUAAUGAUCCUAUUCGGUUACACUUGAUUGAGACUCUGGAGGCGCAGUGUGAAGCACUGCAGCGCGUUCAGUCCGACUCAGGUGGCUGGCACACUCUUCUGGACCACCCAGACUCCUACCUCGAGGCAUCUGCAACUGCAGGGUUUGCCUUUGGUAUCUUGAAGGCUGUGCGCAAACGAUACAUCAGUGCGCAGUACCGACCUGUUGCAGAGAAGGCUAUCUUCUCUGUCAUUAAAGAUAUUGAUGAUCAGGGUGAGCUUCAGAACACUAGCUUCGGUACGGGAAUGGGUGAUUGCCUCCAGUUCUACAAGGAUAUUCCCUUGACCUCCAUGCCAUAUGGACAGGCGAUGGGUAUCAUGGCGCUUGGAGAGUACCUACGCAUAUACCUUUAG